UUCAUAAAUAUAAUUGUAAACUAAUUUUCUUAGAGAAAAUUAGAAUCACUUGAUGAAGGGUAAAACUAUGACUUGCAUUUCUUUUCCAUGCCAGCCCUAUUUCUCAAGAAAAAAUAGCUUAUUGAAGAAGCAAAAGUUGCAUGAUCUUCAUAAAUAUUAUUGUUGUGCAAAGAUAAAAUCUGGUUCAAAAAAUUUUGAGAACAGGAUUACUACAUCUUUUAGUUACAAAGCCAGUGUUAAAGCUCCACUUAAUGAGUUUCCUUGGGCUUCUUUUGAUCAAUAUAUAGAAGACAAAGAAAGAGUAAUCCAAGCUAUAAUUCCAGAGAAAUCAACAGCUAAGAAAUUAAAUGAGGAUGAGUGGAGAAUUAGGUUGAAUUCAAUACAAGUUUUUCUAGUAACAUGUCAACCAAUAAUACACCUAAAAGCUAAAUGCAUAUCUCAAGUCCAAGAUUAUCCACCUCAAGUUCCUGGACAUGUCACCAAAUUUCUAGAAAUUCAAGUCACAAGGUGUGAGCUUGAAGAUCUACAUUAUGAUCACAUACCAUUAGGUCUCAACAUUAAUGCCAAAGGAGCUUUAUACCUAGAAAAAGAGGGAAGACAUAACUUGAUCAAGAAUCAAAUACACAUUACUUUAAGCUUUGUUGUUCCUCUAUUACUCAAAUUGGUUCCAGAACAUGUCCUGCAAAACAUUUUACAUUCGGUUCUUAGAAGUUAUGUUGAAGAUAUAUGCAAUAAAGGAAUAGGAGUGAGAUUAUUAGAAGAUUAUAACUCUUUUAAGAUGAACAAGUCUGAAAAAACAGUGUAAUUAUAUGUAAAUCUAUUAGUAAUCACUCAUCAAGCUUCCAUUAAUUUUGAUUAUAUAGAAAAUUAAGUGUGAAGUGACUUAGUUAA